UAUGAAAUAAACCUUUUCAGAAACUUUGCCGCGUAAGGAAUUUUUUUUUCUUUUUUUGCUAAGAAGCGUAAGGAAAUAUUUGUACGUGUGUAAAGCAAACUCAUCAAUAUAUAUCUUCAAACACCUUCGUUAUAUUUUCUAUCUUCCAAUUCAGUUUCGACAUUUCUCGCUAUUCGUCUCGGGUUUUGUUUGUUGAUUGAGAGAACAUGGGAGGUGACAAAGACAGAGGGUUUCAUGGGUAUCCACCCGCUGGAUACCCGCCAGGUCCUGGGGCUUAUCCACCAGCUGGAUACCCACCACAUCAAGGUUACCCUCCACCACCUGGUGCCUACCCUCCAGCUCAUGGUUAUGGAGGUUAUCCUCCUGCAUCUGGUCAUGCUGGUUAUGCUCCUACUGGCUAUCCUGCUCAUCACUCAGGACACGCAGGAGGAAUCGGGGGUAUGAUUGCUGGUGCUGCAGCAGCCUAUGGAGCUCACCACGUAGCUCAUAGCUCUCACAGCCCUUACGGACACGCUGCAUAUGGUCACGGAUAUGGCCAUGGUCAUGGCUAUGGUUAUGGUCAUGGUAAGUUCAAGCACGGGAAGCACGGGAAGUUUAAGCAUCACGGAGGCAAGUUUAAACGUGGGCAUGGGAUGUUUGGAGGAGGUAAGUUCAAGAAGUGGAAGUGAUGUAAAAGCCCCUUUGAUAUGUCUCUCUGGACUGACCAGAUGUUUCAAAUAAAUCACAAACAUUAUAAGUUUAACUUUCGUCGGGUUAGAGAUCGCUGGUUCGAAUUGCGAUAAUUCAGGCUUAAUAAUGAACAUGGUAUUAUUAUAUGGACGUGUACUAUGAAACUAUCUAUGGCUUUUCUAAUGACAUAUUCUGUUUUUAUAGAUUUUAUA